CUCAUAUACAAUUACAAGAUCUCGAUGAUGCGAGUGAUAUUCCUAUUGUAAUUGAACAUGAAGCCUUUACUCAAUUGAAAAAUAUACUUUUACUAAGUGGAAAAUCUCUAAAAGAUUUUCCCGAUAUGCCAAUUCCUCUAUCACUUCAAAUAUCA